CUGUUCUUCAAUUAAAAAAAAUAAAAUAAAAUAACAUAAAAAAAAUUAGUUCUUUAUUUUGUACGUGCUUUAUCUUGCAUGGAUCAAUCAAAACCAUAAAUUACAGAAAUAUUGGUCGUGUAUUGAGUCUAUUGACUAUUGAGUAGAGGAAAAUGGCGGCUUCAAUUUCUUUUUGUUGCCUCAAUUCUUCUUUCAAUUCCCAUGACCUCUCCCCAUCUUUAUGUCAGUCUAAUUUGCAGAGGACCCGAAGCUUCCGUUGCUACUCUAGUACAAGGGACAGGAGUCAAACGCCUCGGCUUUUGAAAAUUGCAGUUAAUGGAGUCACUGAGAUUCUACGGCUCUUCUCCUCUGCCAAGGAGAGAUCGGAUGGGAUGAAAUAUACAGAGAUAGAUGAGCCCUCUAUUUCUGGUAUAGAUGAUGUUAUGGUGGUCCUUAAAUCAGAUUAUGAUAGUGCUUAUUUCGUUACAGGAAACUUCACUCCCACAAUUUAUGCUGAAGACUGUAUUUUUGAAGACCCAACUAUUAAAUUCCGGGGUAAGGAUCUUUAUUCUCGCAACUUGAAGUUGCUUGUGCCAUUUUUUGAUGGCCCAUCAAUUGUGUUACAAAAAAUUGAGAAGGGUAUGAAUUCUCAAACAAACUUUGUACUUGCGACAUGGGAGCUCAGAACCUAUCUAAAGCUUCCUUGGAGGCCUCUCAUUUCCAUUGAAGGAAGUACAGUUUAUGAUUUAGGUGAUGAGUUCAAAAUUGUGAGACAUGCUGAGAGGUGGAAUGUGUCAGCACUUGAAGCAGUUGCCCAAAUAUUCACUCCUAGUUUUGAAAGGAUUGGUGAAUGAACCAACAAGAAUCUCCAGAAACUGUGUGAUGACACUAUUGUAUGGCUGUGAAAUCCAGAGAACCACCCAAACAUGAAUGGCAGGUUACAUAUUGUUUACUACAUGUAGAAUUCAGGAACUGUUCGAGUUUGGAAUGAAUGUGGCGUAGAUCAUCUGAGAAAUCUGGUCAGAAUGCUGGAAUAUAUUUUUGGUAAGGCUGCAACUCAGUUCUUCCUUCACCCAACAUAAAGGGUGGGGUUUGGCCUGGCAUUUUCAAACCUCAAGUUUGGUUUGGGCUGGAAAUUUCCAGCCUAACAUCCACCUCAAGCAAUGGGACCCAAGAGAAACCCAAAGAGUUUUACAGUAAACAAAGUGUAGACCACAACUUAAAGAGUGUUUCAGUAACAGGAGCUUUGCUUUGUGUUUGAA